ACGACCCACACAACACACCGGUAAUGAAAACAUUAAAAACUAGAAUGGACAGUUGUGUCCGGUCUCGCACGGACUCUAAGUCGGACAUGGGGGACGACAAGUGGCGACUGGUCAGCAAACAUGGGAACUACCGUGUCCGACUAGAAAAUGUGGACACAGGCAUUCUCAAAAACUAUAUCAGAGACGCCUUCACAACGUUACUGGAUGCAAAAUGGAGGUGGAUUUUAUUGAUAUUUGUGAUGGGGUUUAUACUGACCUGGACGGUAUUCGCUUGUUUUUAUCUUCUGUUUAGUUACAUUAAUGGGGAUACUGUAGACUCGUAUGACCACGAUCCUUGUAUCACAAACGUGUAUGAUUUUACCACGGCAUUUCUGUUUUCGGUGGAGACCCAGCAUACAAUCGGGUAUGGUUCUCGAGCCUCAACCCCACAUUGCCCUCAUGUCGUGUUCUUGGUAUUUCUUCAGUUUAUUAUCGGGAUCGGAGUACAGUGUUUGACAGCUGCUCUCGUUUUCACAAAGCUUCAGAGGUCGAAAAAGCGUGGGGAUGCUAUCAUCUUCAGUCAGCAGGCCUGUAUUGGGAUUGUUGACGGUAAAUGGCAGCUUAUGGUUCGAGUAGGUGACUUCCGGCGCUCCCAUCUUGUGGACGUGAUAGGUAAAGGUAAACUGAUCAAAAGGACCCCUAUUCCCAACACUAAUCAAGAAUUUCUAGACCAGGUCCCUAUCGACUUCAAAUCAGAAGGUGGUGGAGAUGUACUUACUCUGUUAUGGCCAGCAGUUAUGUAUCACACUAUAGACGAGAAUAGUCCAUUAUGGCCGCCAGAAAAUCUCCAUCAGUUUGGAGACUUCUCAGAGUUGGUUGUGACGAUAGAGGGCGUGAUAGAAUCUACCAGUAGGGCGAUCCAAGUUCGAACCUCCUACCUUACGGAUGAAAUCGUUAUGGGAUGUAAAUUUCUGAGUAUUAAUCCUGGUAUAGAUGAUGAUGGGAAAUAUCAUUGCAGUUAUUUCGACAUCAGUACUGUAUGUCCUAUAAUGCAGAACACCCCGCGAGGGAGGCGGAGGUUUGAGUACAUCAAUGAGCAAUACAUGUGACAGAAUAAUUAUAUUUGUUAAUCAGCAAAGAAGUCCCAGUACACAACCCGAUGUGCAGUUAGAUCGGCGAUGUAGGAUUAACGUUUAUUACAUUAUCUUGCGGCCAUGAUUUGACAUGUUCAGUGCUUAUAAGGGAGUUCACACACCGAGUUGACAGAUUAUUGAAGGAUACCUGAAACUUCUCUGUCAAAAAUGCAUUUUUGUGUGUUUUUCUUUAGCCAGACGGAAAUUGGACUUUUGAUUGGACUUGAAGUAUUACCUUAGAAUAAGGUUUAGUGAUGUAUCGAGCUAGCAGUGCGAGAUGUACGUCCAAUCAUCGUGUAGUAUUCCUGUCACUACAAAGCAGUGAUUGUCACAUGAAACAUCUCCUUGUUAGUCAAGUUUUACUGUGUUUUAUUUAUGCAAUAUUUCUUCCAUAUUAUCACUUCAUUCUUGUUACUUGUUUUAUUUUUGUGAAAACUUUUAGAGAGUGGUUAUGAAAUGUUAUAGAAUUUAAUAAAUAAAUUUAUUAUAGUAAAAAAAAAGUACAA